CGCCAGACAAAGUGGCGAGCUGCGACGUGACUAGUCCGCGUGGGUGCUCCAGCGAGCGAACUAAGCGGCAGGCGAAGGACACGAGCCGGGCCCCCGGGCCAGAGGAUCUCCUGCUCUCUCCCCGCGUCAGCCACACGCCUGGCUCCCCCAGCCGCUCGCCUAACGAUAUUUGGAUUUGAGCUGCAUUUUUGAAUUCAUCUGUACCUAAAAUGCCAGUGGCCAUUGGAGGACCAGUUGGAUAUACCCCCCCAGAUGGAGGCUGGGGGUGGGCAGUGGUGAUUGGAGCUUUCAUUUCUAUUGGCUUCUCUUACGCAUUUCCCAAAUCCAUUACUGUCUUCUUUAAAGAAAUUGAAAGUAUAUUCAAUGCUACCACCAGUGAAGUGUCAUGGAUAUCCUCUAUCAUGUUGGCUGUCAUGUAUGGUGGAGGUCCUGUCAGCAGUAUUCUGGUGAAUAAAUAUGGGAGUCGCCCAGUCAUGAUUGCUGGUGGCUGCUUAUCAGGCUGUGGUUUGAUUGCAGCUUCUUUCUGUAAGACUGUACAGCAACUUUACUUGUGUAUUGGAGUCAUCGGAGGUCUUGGACUUGCCUUCAACUUGAAUCCAGCUCUGACCAUGAUUGGCAAAUAUUUCUACAAGAAGCGACCAUUGGCAAAUGGACUGGCCAUGGCAGGCAGCCCUGUGUUCCUCUCUACCCUGGCCCCCAUCAAUCAGGCUUUUUUUGGUAUCUUUGGCUGGAGAGGAAGUUUCCUAAUUCUUGGUGGCCUCCUCCUAAACUGCUGUGUGGCUGGAUCCCUGAUGCGACCAAUAGGGCCCAAGCCAGCCACGACAGGAAAAGUUCAUGCUAAAGAAUCCCUUCAAGAGGCUGGAAAAUCUGAUGCAAGAAAAGAUGCAGGUGAUGCAAAUACAGAUCUCAUUGGAGGAAAUCCCAAAGAGGAAAAGCUGUCGUUCUUCCAAAAAGUUAAUAAAUUCCUGGACUUGUCCCUGUUUGCCCACAGAGGUUUUUUGUUAUACCUCUCUGGAAAUGUUGUCAUGUUUUUUGGACUCUUCACACCUUUGGUUUUCCUUAGUAAUUAUGGCAAGAGCAAAAAGUAUUCUAGUGAGAAGUCUGCCUUCCUUCUGUCCAUUCUAGCUUUUGUCGACAUGGUAGCCAGACCUUCUAUGGGACUUGUGGCCAACACAAGGUGGAUACGACCUCGAGUUCAGUAUUUCUUUGCUGCUUCUAUUGUUGCAAAUGGAGUGUGUCAUUUGCUAGCACCUUUUUCCGUCAGCACUUAUGCUGGGUUCUGUAUCUACGCUGGAUUCUUCGGGUUUGCUUUUGGAUGGCUCAGCUCCGUGUUAUUCGAAACCCUGAUGGAUCUUGUUGGACCCCAGAGAUUCUCCAGUGCUGUAGGAUUGGUCACCAUUGUGGAAUGCUGUCCUGUCCUCCUGGGGCCACCAAUGUUAGGUCGUCUCAAUGACAUAUAUGGAGAUUACAAGUACACAUACUGGGCAUGUGGUGCAAUCCUAAUAAUUGCAGGUAUCUAUCUCUUCAUUGGUAUGGGUAUCAAUUACCAACUUCUGGCAAAAGAAGAAAAAGCAGAGGAAAAGCAGAAAAAUGAAGAUAGAGAGGAAGAAACCAAUAUAGAUGUUGAUGAAAAGUCCAAAGAAGUAACUAAAGCAGCAGCAUCUCCAGAACAGAAAGGCACAGGAGACCCCAAAGAAGAAGAAAGUCCAGUCUGAAUCUGUGGCGCUGAAGGGUGAAUGGACAGGUCAUGGCCCAACUCUUCUGAAAAUAUUCGACUCGCCUGUAGUCUACCUGUGGUGCUCAGUGCAGACAGUGGACAUUUAUGUGAAAAACAUACCAGGUGUUCAUUCAUGGAAUUUUUGUUUCACUCCUUAACAACAGUCUGAAUUUAAAAUGCCAUAUUCUUUGGAGAAGGAGUGGUUGGCAAAAGAUGUGGGAAAGAAGUAGGGUUGUUUUGUUUUGUUUUGAUCUUAGCUUUUAACAAUGUCAUGAAAAUUAUAUUAUGUGCCUUAAGUUUUAGUGUUUAGAACUCCUUUAGAGAGCCUUAACUUUUUAAACCCAUUCUGCUGAAUUCUGUAUUUUAAGUGUCAGAUUAAAAGGCAAAUAACUACUAACUUAUUUGAGACAGUUCUAAAAUUUAAUCUUGCUUCAUUGUUAUUUGUAAAAUACUGUCAAAACGUACUGAGACAUUUGGAGUAGAGAUAUUGAUUAUAUUGGUUGAAACUUUUCUUGUUCUUAAUACUGGGGAUUGAACUCAGGACCUUUGAACUUGAGCUACAUCCCUACCCCUUUUAAAUUUUGUUUCAUUUUCAGACAGGAUGUUGCUAAGUCACUAAGUAGCUCUGGCUAGGCUUGAACUUGUGGGAAGUUUUAUAAUAAAAUGCUAAAAUAUUUUUCUAGCAUCAGUAGUUGCUUGGCAUAUGUGCCCAAUAGCUAUAUAUUUAGGAAAUUUAAAGCAUAAAACUUGGACAUCUUGGCUAAUCCAUCCACAUAGUAUUUGUCAACAUCUCUUGGUUACCUUUUCUGGAAUACUUACUGGAAACCAAGUAUUUGAGCAUUGUUUUCACUAAUUUACUAUUUUUGCUCCCCUAUUCAAAGAUAUUUUGAGUAGAUAUAGAUCAUUGCCCAUUUUGAAUUAUUUCUCUCACUAUAAAAGUAUUAAAAUCUAAAAAAUUAUAUAUUUCAUGGCUCCUUACUAAAUACAAAACAUCCAGUUAACUAUGAACAGAUACUUCAAGCAUCAACUGAAUUCAACUUAUAUUUUUUUCAAAGCUUAACGAUACCAUAUUAUGAGGCUAUUAAAAUCUUUGUGUUUGUGUGUGAUUUUGGUUUUGUUUUUAGGGGAAUUUUGUUGGUGCUGGGGAUUAAACCCAGGGCCUCAGGCAUGCUAAAUAGACCUACCACCUUACUACACUGCCAACCCCCUAGAGUCUUUUUUUCUUUUUUCAUGGAAUUUUUCCUCUUCAAUUUUGGUAGUUUUAUCUGCCUUUGCUUCUAGCUAUAUGCAAGAUGUUCAGUAUAGAUAAAAUGUGUGUGUGUGUGUGUGUGUUUUUGUUUUGUUUUUACAUUUUUUUUCUUCAGUGUUUGCACAUUCAGGUGCACCAAGUUAUGUGGCUGUAGGCAAACCAAUAAAGAUAAAAUUUGGAGAGAUAUUGUAAAAUAUGCAUACUUUCAGUAAAUAAUUCCUUUUUAUUUUCUGAGAUGGCUUAAAAAUUUUUAUUAUACUUAGAAUUAUUGAACACUCUUAUUCUGGACACAAACCUGAAGUUUUAUGAGCAUUUUCACCACUGAAAUGUAGAAAAAUCAGUUCAGUAUAAGAACAGUAAAAAAAGGUGGACUAGAAUGAAACCAAAUAUUUUUUUAACCUAAUGUCUGAAAAUUGAGGCAGAAAAAUGCAGACAUUCAGGGAAUUAUAUUCAGUGCAUUGUAAUAAAUAGGUGAUAGAUUUAAAAUUUUGUGUAAGAUGCUGACUUUCAAAUAAAACAUUCAUUUUAUUUUUAGAAAAAUAUUUCUUCCUCCAAAAUGUUUAUUUUCAUUUUAUUGUUUCAGCUAGGUGCUUGCUAAUAUUAAGUCAUCCAGCCUGUGUGCCUUGAGAUUUGUAUGUAUGGCUUUUUUUACAUUGAUUUUUCUCCAUUUCUGUUCCUUGCUUUUUGAAACCUCUCUUGAACUAACAGGAGUUAGCCUUAACAGAAUGAAAAACCCUUUGGGAUGAGUGUUACAACAGAUGCUGGAGGAAUUGGAGGGCAGAAGGUUGCUGAAAGGCUUGGGCCCAAUUUGGGCUCUGCCAUCUUCCAUGGACCCAAGUAUAAACUCUUGUGUGUCUUCUAUACAAAUGAAGAUUACCAUUGGUGAGGAACAUAAUAACUAAAAUGUGAAAUACAAUAAUAAAGCUGAGGAGAUAGCUCAGUGGCACAAGUGCCUUCCUGGCAAGUAUGAGAUCGUGAGUUUAAUCCCCAGUACAAAAAAAAAAAUCAAAUCUUUCUCUCUCUCUCUCUCUCUCUCUCUCUCUCUAUAUAUAUAUAUAUAUAUAUAUAUAUGUAUGUAUGUAUAUAAUUUCUCUCUCAAUAUGUAUAUAUUGAGAGAGAAAAAGAGAUGUAAAAUAUCCCCCCAUCCCAAGCUAUAUUCACAUAGCAAUCCCUGCUUAAUAUUUGUGUUGGCCUGGUAUGGUGGUGCAUACCUGUAAUCCCAGCACUAGGAGGCUGAGACAGGAAAAAUGUCCUAAAUUCAAGGCCAGACUGGGAUAUAUAAGUGAGUUCAAGGCCAGCCUGUACUACAUAGCAACACCCUGUCGUCAUCAAGCCCCCCACCCACCCACCCAAAAGAAAGGGUGGGUAGCAAUUCACCACCACUCUCUAAGGAAGGCUUUUGUAUUCAAAAGCAGGCUAGUUAACUGGCUGAAAGCUGGAACUAAAACUAUUUGUUUUUAAUUUAAAGAAAGACUAAACAAAACAGUACAAAUAAUACAUACUUUCAAAGAAAAAAUAGUAAGAAGUCACUAGUUGAUUACAUAUUGUCCUCUUACAAAUAGUUGUUCAAGAUACAAAAGUGAAACAUACAAAGUGGGGAUUCAAACAGCGAGAGUGUAAACAGUUCUGUUCAACUCUCCAACAAAAACUUAGUAAUAUGGUUAUCAAUCCUAUACACUUAAAACAUACAUGCAGUUAUGCAUAUCUUAACAUAUAAACAAACCAAAGCAGGCUAAAAUCACUCUGAACAAAAAAUAAUAGUAUUGCUGGAUUUCACAUCAUGACACAACAGAAUCAGCACUGGUUACGGUAGCGUCUUUCUUCAAAGUAGUUAUUCAUUGCAUCAAGUGUUAUAGAAUCAGUUUUCAUAAACUGUUCAUAGGUUCUAUGCAUGCUUGAGUCUCAACAUGUAUUUCUAUCCAUUCUUUCUGUAUUAGAGGGAGAAACAAAAUAUUUUCCUAUAAACACAUGAUGAACUAAAGUAUUUUAUUUUUUUAAGAUGGUAUUGCUAUGUAGUUAAUGUGGCCUUGAACUCACUAUGUAGCCUAGGCUGGCCUUGAAUUCAUAGCAAUCCUCCUGCCUCAGGUUCCCAAGUACUGGGAUGGAACUGAACUUUUUUUUAUCUGCUCAAAUCUAGUUUUCACCCACAGAAGAGUCAGGUUUAAACAUUUGUUUUGUUUUGGAUCCAGGGGAUGGAAAAUAGAUCCUUGGUGAUGCUAAACAUACAUUUCUACCCCUGAAUACUACUUCUAGCCCCACAGUUCUAAACAAAAUCAGUUUUGGUAACAGCCACCACAGAAAUUUGAAACAGGCCCAGGGAUAUAGCUCAGCGGCACUGUACCUGCCUGGCAAGUGUGAGGUCGUCAGAUCAAUUCCUGGUACAAAAACAAACUCACCACAGACCUGCUCUGUGCCUGACUUCUUGUUAAUGACUGACUAAUCAUCUCUGGUGCAGAUCCAUGCUCAAAGCAAUGGACCUCCUGAUUCUUUCAGUUGUCCUCGACUCUUUCCUAUUUUAUUUUUUAUUUAUCAACAAGUUCUUCCUGGGCAGUUCAAUCUGGCCUUGAACUCAUUAUGUAGUCCAGGUUAGCCCUAAACUCACAUGAUUCUCUUGCCUCAUUUUUCCAAGGCUAGGAUUAUAGGCAUGUACCAUGAUGCCCAGCAUGUCUGUCUGUCUCUCUCUCUGUCUUUAAGACCUGGUUUCACUAUCCUAUUCAGGCUGACCUUGAAAACUCACUUCGUAGCCCAGGCUCCCUUGAACUUUGAGCCAUCCUUAUGCCUCAGCUUCCCCAGCCCUGGGAUUACAGCCUGUGCCACUAUGCCCAGCACCUGUCUGUACUUUUAACACUGGUUCCAUCUGUAGUUUUAUUUCAGUUCACGUGCUUUUUGAGCAAAGAGUACCUGCCUGUCCCUUCUCUCUGCCCCAAAUUUAGUGUAGUUCAGACUGUUCAAGAGUACAAGCUGGGGGGCUCGGGGUUUAGCUCAGCGGCAUAAGUGCCUGCCUUGAAAGCAAGGCAGUUGGAUCCCCGGUACCGAUAAAAAGGAAAAAGACAAAAAGUACAAGCUGACAGUGGGAAAAUUCUUGAAGAAAUUGAUAGGUAGGGCAAUCACAGAAGGUCAUGAUAACAAGCCAUAUCAUUAUGUCAUACUCAAGUCUACUGAAAACUUAGAUUAUCUUCUAGCCAAGAGAAGUGAAUUGUUUGUCCAAAGGUAUUUUAAGAAGGAUGAUAGCCAGGCUUGAUAUCAUGCCUAUAAUCCUAGCACUUGGGAGACUGAGGCUGGAGGAUCACUUCAAGUUUGAAGCCAGUCUGGGUUUCAAAGUAAAUUCAAGGCCAGCCUGAACUGCAUAAUGAGACCCUGUCUCAAAAAGAUAAUAAAUAAAAAGGAUGAUAGUAUACCAUAGAAAAUUCAAAAUCAUAUUGAAUGAUCCUCUAUUUAGAUUUGUGGGCUGUCUGAACUUAGUAGUUUAUGGCAGUUUUAAAGUUGUUUACCCUGUAUUUUGAAAAGGGAAAAAACUUAAAUCUGUAUUUUGUAUGAAUCUAUGUUUUAUUGUAUUGAAUUUCAGAUUGGAUAUUGGUUGCAGAUUACUAUGAAGAACCUGUGUCUGAGCUUUCCCUUCCCUAACAGUGAUACAUAGUAUAAUAAACCACAAUCAUUGGUGCAGCCCCUUCCCCAACCACCACACAUCACCUUAGAAGAUAAGGAGAGAAUAACAAAUUUCCACAUUUGCAAUAUGGCUGGCUUUAGUAAUCAAAUCGGGCAUUUGUCUACAAGACACAAAGAGAUUAAUGAUAGAUUUGCAUAAUGCAACACUUUGAGCAUGUGACAUAAAUGACAACCCAAGCUUGCCUGGCUUGUUCCAGUGGGAAACACAAAGUUGCUUUAGAGUUUAGAAACAUCCAGGCUGGUAGUGGUGGGGGAAUGUUUCAUGUACAUCACUCCAGAAAUGUGCCCUGGCAUUAGGGUUUUAGAUUCGCUCGCUCUUUGCUUCACUCAGUCUAGAUUGCAGUGUCACACACAUUGAAAAAUGAGCAGUUGGAAACCAUUGCAUGUAUGAGUGUACAGUGUGUUUGUAAGUAGUGAAAGGAGGCAAGCCUACCAGUUAAGUGGCAGGGUAAAGUGCUUGAUUUCAAAUUGAGGUUAUGUGACCUCAGUCAAACAAGUUGCCAGCCUCCCUGUGUAUCAGUUUUUUCUUAUAUAAAAUGUUAAUAAUCAGCACCCACUUACAGCAUUGUCCUGAAGAUACAUGGCAGAUAAGUUAAACAAAUGCUUGGUAAGUGAAAGUGCAGUAUCUAGCUGUCAAAAAAAGUUGAAGUUAGUAUUUGGGAACACAUUGGGCUCAUAAUUUCCAUAGCUGAUUCUUACUUUACUUGGAAUGGAUGAUUAUUUUGUAUUUUCUUGUGUUUAUGUGUGUGCAUGUUUUUCUGAGACAAGGUCUCACUAUGUAGCCCAGGCUAGCCUCAAAUGGUGAUCUGGAUGUGAGGGCAAUCUUGUCGUGACAUCUAUCACCCCCAUUAAUCACCAGGGUUUGUCCCUGGUGAUUUCCCUUAUGCUUCCCUUAUGCUCUAUAUAUGUUCCUCCCAAAAGAGAACCAUUUCCUCAGCCAAGGGUAUAUGAGAAGCUGCACACCCCUGCUAGAAUUGCCAAACAAACUCUCAAACAGUGAUCUCCUGCCUCAGCCUCUGGACUAUUGGUAUUAAAUGCCUGUGUCACCACACUCAGCCAUGAAGGAUUAACUACACUACUAGCGAAGCAAAGUGAUGGCUGUUUUUUUUUUCCCCCAUACUCUUAUUUUCUUACUACUGUAAUAGUUACUCAUACUAAAACAUUUUUUCCUUGUGGUGCUAGAGGUCAAACUCAGGCCUUUGUACACACUAGGCUAGCAUUACCAUUGAGCUAUAUCCUAGCCCUGUUUUUUUUAAAGGAAAGUUCUUGAUAAAUUGCCCACUCUGGGUUUGAAUUUAAAAUCCUCCUGCCUCAGCCUCCCAAGUGGCUGGGAGCCCCUAUAGGUUUGUACCACCACACAUAGUCCUAAAAGAAAAUUUUAAUGGCAUACAUCCCAGUGUAUUUGAACCAUAAGACUUCUGGCAAAAGAUGGUUGACUCCUAAGAAAAUGGAGCCACUGAUUAUUAUAAGCAAGUUAUUUUUUGUGUUACACACAGUGAAAGAUAAGUGUGACAUGGAACAAAAGAGUCUAGUGCUCUGCCAUGAUGUUGGGGCUGGACCACAGCUGUGGAGUAUGCAGCCUGAGGGCCACUAGUCCAGCUGCCAGGGCCUCCAUGCUGCAGGCAGGUGUCUUAGGGACAGCAUUCCUGUGGUUUACCUUCUAAGCAUCACUCAACCGUGAGUAAAUGUUUAACUCAGGAGGUCAGAGGUUCAGUGCUCACCUAGCUCCCAGCCUCAUGUUUGUUCUGGACGAUUAUACUGACAUCAGUGGUUAAAAAAAAAAAAGCUACACUGAUGUCACCCAUGGGGCUGUGGGUACAGCUCAGCGGUAGAGCACGCGUUUAGCAUGUACUAGACCCUGACCUGGGUUCAAUCCCUAGCAAUAGAAAAGAUGGAAUUUGCUUAUCUGUACAGCUUUUAUGUUUAAUCACCAACAGAUGUUUAUAGGAUGCUUCGUAUAUACUAGCUUUAGUCUUUUAGACAAAACAAUAUACUUUAACAGACAUCUUACAUUCUAUUGUUUUCAUUUCUAUAUCUCACCACACACAAAAUCACACAAGCGAUGAUCAGUAAAUUAUAAGAAUGGUUUCAGAACACAAAACAACAGGCCUGGGGAUCUAGCUUAGUAGUAGAGUGCUUGCCCGGGAUAUGCAAGGCACUGAGUUUAAUCUUAUCCCAGUACUACCAAAAAGGAAAAACCAAGAACAGACAAAUAGAAUAUAAGCAGUGGGAUCAUCAUUCGGUUGUCUAAACACUUUUUUGGAACAUCUUCCAUGUGCCUGACUCUUGCUAUAUAGAAAGGAUAUAGCAGUGAACAAAAUACAACUUCUAGCACGUAUCCCUGCUAGUCAAACAAGUUACGACUGUUGAAACUGCUGUGGGAGGGAGAACACUAACCCAAUUGUGGGAGGGCAUAAAAGGAUCCAAAAGUACCACUUUAAGCAAAUUUCCCUGAACCUCAUAAACAUGACAGACUUAUUUUAGGGCUAAAUGUGAGAGUACACGGUGUACUCUUGAGUGUACAAUAUAGCCUUUUUUAAAAAAUCUGAGCUAGGGAUGAUGGUGUAUUCCUAUAAUCCCAGCACUAUGGGAAUCAGAUUUAAGAGGAUUGGAAGUUAAAGCCCAGCCUUGGUAACGUAGUAAGUCCCUGCCUCAAAAAAAUUUUUUUAAGGCUAGAGAUGCAGCUUGGUGUGAAGGCUCUAGGUUCAGUCUCCAGUACUGAAAAAGUAUAUUUAAAUCUGCCACUCUUGUGGCCCAUACCUGUAUCUCAGCUACUCAGAAGGCUCCAGUUCAAGGCCAGCCUAGGCAACACAGGGACCCUGUCUACUUCAACAUACUCUAAUGAAGUCAGUUAAGCCAUCAACCAGAACAAUAAAUAAAGAACAGCUGAUAUUGGCAUAGCUUAUCAAUUUACACAGGUUUUUGAAAUAUAUUCUAACAUCUAAUCUGAUCCAUACCAAAUCCUAGAGAAGUGGGUAUAAUUGAAGGUACUAACCCUGUAACAGCCUUCAUCUGAGAUGUCAAAUAAGAAUGCUAGAGCUGAAUGUCAUGUGGUUUGGAAAUAUACAAGAACAGAAGAGGCCAAAUCCUGGGUGAUCCUGAAGGGUGAAGAAUGCACCAAAAUGUGGUUCUGGUCCCCCAAAACUUCAUAAUCUAAUUAACAAUCCUUUUGCUUGGCUUUGAAAUUCUCAGUGUGAUUUUUUUCAUUUGUGGAUUUCCUUUCCUAAUAUGCUUUACUGAUUCCAGAAUUAAAAUGUUGCAUUUCCUGAGCUUAUGCUGGCCAGUUCCCAAGAGGAAGUGGCCAAAAGCCAUUAAGAGGGCCAGGAAGGAAACUGGACAGGGAUUAAAAGUCACCUGGUGUGCUGACAAUCUGUAUGUGCAUAAUUAUUGAGAGAAGCCUUGUGAUUGCUAUAGUCUUGGUGAUACAUCUUUUUUUCUUCCUCUUCAUUUCUUUGUAAUCUAAUUCCUUAAACCUCCCAUCCUACCCCCCAAGCCUGAAUGUUUUUAGUCAGGCUCUAUUUAUGUUUUCUAGAAUGGAAACUAAGGAUUUUAGGUCACCAUUUUUCUUUUAAAUUCCAAAUACUACUUUGUUUCUCAAAUGCUAAGAAUGAGUAAACAGACCUGCAGUAAGGGGCUUUUUUCUUUGUUUGUACCGGGCAUCAAACUCACGGCCAAACAUGCUUGCAAGGCAGAUGCUUCUGGUGCUGAGCUAAAUUCCCGGGCCUAGUAGGGGCUUUUCUAAGAGAGGAACCUUCAGGUUAGGGUUAGGCAGUACCUACCUGUGCACCAGCCCAUCCUUAUCUCCUUUGCUACCUCCCACAAACCUAACAGUUAACAAAUCAUGUAUCUUCAUCUCCUUUGCUGUUUUUCCUUCCUGUCCCUCCUUUUCUUUUUCUAGGUCUCUAAAAACCUCCCUGACUCUGUUCUCACUCCAUUUCCAAUCCAGCCUCAACACUGCUGCUCUAAAACCAAAUCUCAGCACUGUUACUUUUAAAAAUGUUUAUACAAUCUUUAUAAUUUUAAACAAGCAAUAAAGAUAAUAAAAUUAAAAUCCAAUCAUGUUCCUCUACUUAAAAUUCUGUAGUUUGAGGGUAAAGUCCAAACUCCUUAGCCUCACCCACUGGGCCCUUCCUGACCAGUUCCUGACUACCCCUUCAGACUUAUCUCCUGCCAGUCCUCAGCCCCUGCUCUCCACCUCAUCUGAUUUCUUAGUUCUAAGAGCAAGCCUUUGUUCCAGGCUUCCUGACACCUGCUGCCCUGUUCCUAGGAACCCCUCCCUUCUUUCUCCUGGGCACCAGUUCUUAGUCAUCCUCUCCUAACACUGCUGCACAUUGUACUCACUAAUUUGCUUUUCUAAAUCUCUACCACAUUGAGCUGCUUGAGAUGAGAAGGAACAGCAUGCAAAAUGAGAGGUCACUUUUGAUUUCAGGGACUGGAAAAGCUGCCAGGAAAGGUUGCAUUUGAGUAUGGUACAGAAAGGAAGAGCAUCCUGGGAGAGCUGUGGAGCCCCUGGUAGAACUGAUUGGCAAGCAUGUGUUCAUCACACUUAUGUUCUAAACUAGCCUGGCCUUUGUUUUUAAGAAAGUUUCAGUCUUCAAGGCACUAACACAGGUGCCAAGGGCAGUGUGUUCUCCAAUCCUGUGUCUGGGAAGCAGGAGAAAGAUCCCUGUGGGCCUGUGGGCUGCUCAAUAGGCACUAUAUAUUUUUCUACGUUUUCACACACAAUACAGAAGACUUCUAUGACAAAAUGUGUAUGUUUUUCCCCCCGAUAUUGAGCAUUCUUUGCUUCUGUGGAAUUUUUGAUAAUUGAUUUGUCAACAAAAUAAAAUAACUUGAAAUGAUA